AAGACAUCCCAACCAUAGACAACGAGUUGCUGUACGCGGAAAUGUGUGCGAUCAAUGCAUGGACAGUAAAAGAUAUGCUACGAUGCAGUUGAGACGUGUUUAGCCUACCUCAUGUCAGUCGUUCGUCCGCUCUUAGCAGGCUACGUAGGCCUAUGCAAACACUUUAAUUCAUUUGGAAAUGCAUCUGAAAAAGGAAGAGCUGUUUGAUGGGAAAUACAUCAACUAUCACCUUUCAAAGUUGUAGAGCUUGUAGGAUAAGUCACGUAUUCUAGUGCACAUGGCAAAACACUAUGAUGUCGGUGAAGAAAAAUUCAGCGCGAGUUAUGAACCGAAUCUGGGUCUGUGUAGGCCUACGACUGGGGAGAAGGAAGAGGAGGAGGAGGACGUGAAAAGUGAACUGAUCGACACGCGGACAACAACAUGCUAUGAUCCAACACAGCCUGGUGGUGAUGAAGAGACGAUACCAACCAAAGAAGAAUUAGAAGAGUCAACAGUAAAAACCAUAAUAAUUAAGACUGAAGACAUUGAAGAUCAAUUAAAUCAAUUUCUGUUCACAGACUCCUCCUGGUUUUUGCAGACCAGAACAGCCAUGACGCAACAGCAGCAACAGCAGCACCAGCAGCACCAACAGCAGCAGCAGCAGCAGCAGCAGCAGCAGCAGCAGCAACAGCAGCACCAGCAGCAGCAGCAGCAGCAGCAGCAGCAGCAGAUGAUGGAGGCGGCUCAAGGAAGAAUCUCCUGCUCAUUAACGUGCCCAGAUACCUGGCUUCAAAUACCUGGCGCUCUUGAGGACGCGCAUCUAAGGCUGCACACCGGAGAAAACCUCCACCCAUGUCCCCAGUGCGACAGGACCUUCACGCGUGAGGCUCACCUGGCCAACCACCUGAGGACGCACGCGCCCGCAGACGAUCAAAGCGCAACGCGGCAGAGCAAACCCAGGCCUUACGAGUGCCCGGACUGCGACAAGAGCUUCCUGCGCCCUGCGUCGCUGCAGAGACACCGAAGGCUGCACACGGGCGAAGGUCUCCUCCAGUGCCCCCAGUGUGACCGGUCCUUCGCGAUCGAGGCCCACCUGACCCACCACCUGAAGUCGCACGUUCGCAAGACCUACGAGUGCGCGCAGUGCGAGAAGCCCUUCACCUGCCGCAAAAACCUGCGAAUACAUCAGGAUCACCUGAACAACGUCGCACCCACGCAAUGUCCACACUGCGCCAAGGUGUUUAGUCGCACCACGUGCAUCAAGUACCACCGCGGGAAACAUCUGGAAGGCUCGCAGCACGUGUGCUCCGAUUGCGGGAAGGUGUUCAGCGGCGCCACGCCCCUCAGGGACCAUCAGAGGAGCCACGGAGCGAGGCCGUACCCCUGCCCGCAGUGUCCCGCCGCGUUCCUGCGCCCGUCCUCUCUCGCCAAGCACCAGCUCACGCACACGGGCGAGAAGCCGUUCAGCUGCUGCCAGUGCGGCCGGUCCUUCCGCUGCAAGGGGACACUGAAGAGGCACAAGAGCACGCACAUCGCCCCGGGCGACCAGGGGACGGCGGUGCCCUGCCGAUGCGCUACCUGUCAGGAGAUCUUCCCGCCGCCCACGCGACUCACCUCCUUGGAGAGGAAGCGUCACAAGUGUCCCAAGUGCGGGAAGGCGUUCGCCCGGCUCACCUACCUGAAGCUGCACCUGUGCUUCCACGCGCGCCGGGAGAUGCGGCACUUCCGCUGCGGCCAGUGCGACAGUGAGAUAUUCUCGCGCCUCUAUCAGCUCGAAGCGCACCGCAACGAGGCGCACGGCAGCAGCAGCGGCAGCUACCGUUGCUGCCGGUGCGAACGGGCGUUCGUGCUGAAGUCGAGCCUCAGGGCGCACAGGAAAGCGGCGCACGCCGGCGCCAAGCCCUGCAGUUGCCCGCGGUGCCGGGAGCUCUUCACGCCGUACGGGUGUCCCGACUGCGGCACGGCCUUUGCCUCUCCGUCGGCGCUCCGCAUUCACCAGAGGCUACACAGCGGGGAGAGGCCGUACGCGUGCACGCAGUGCGACAAGACCUUCGCCAUCGCAGGGAGCCUGCGCAGUCACGAACGCACGCACAACGGCACCAGAGAGAAGCCGUUUCUGUGCUCGGACUGCGGCAAGACCUUCAGUUACUUGUCGUCGCUUCUCAGUCACCAGAGGAUACACAGCGGGGAGAAGCCGUUUGCGUGCACACAGUGCGGCAAGACCUUCACACAGGCGGCGGGCCUGCAUGGUCACGAGGGCACGCACACCAAGAGCUUCGCGUUGGCAAAAAGCCUGCGCGUUCACCAGAUGCUCCACAGCGCGAAGAAUAAGCCUUACGCGUGUUCAAAGUGCGACAAGACCUUCACAAGUGCAGGGUACCUACGCUGUCACGAACGCUGUCACGAACGCAUGCGCCACAGAGAGAAGCUGCUUCUGUGCUCAGACUGCGGCAAGACCUUCAGUUCCCUGUCGAAGCUCAGCGAUCACCAGAAGUCGCACAGCGGGGAGAGGCCUUACGCGUGCUUGCAGUGCCGCAAGACGUUUGCGCAGGCGAGUUACCUGCGCCGUCACGAACGCACGCACAGCGAGGAGAGGCCCUACAAGUGUUCUCAGUGCGGCAAGAGCUUCACAGUGGCAAACAGCCUGCGCCUUCACCAGCGGGUCCACACCGGGGAGAAGCCUUACUCGUGUUUGAAGUGCGGCAAGGCGUUCACGUUCCGCACAACCCUCUCCCGACACCAGCGCGUGCACACGGGCGAGAGGCCCUUCCCGUGCCAGCGAUGCGGACGGGCGUUCACGCGUCGGAGCGGCCUCACUGCGCACCGCUGCCACCCUGACGGCGCUCACUCGAGACGGCAAAGACGCGCGUGCCUACUCACACUCGCCGAAGAAGCACGAGAAGAAACCGAAUGAGUGUCGGCUCAGGAGCUUUCAGUCAGCUUGAACUUGUUCAAACAGCAUCAAAAAGGUUGACUCACUGCAGAAAGGACGGAUAAGGAGGCCACACUCUUCAGGACACAUUAGGAGGCCACACUCUUUAGCAGGAAGGACACAUUAGGAGGCCACACUCUUUAGCAGGAAGGACACGUAAGGAGGCCACUCUCUUUAGCAGGAAGGACACAUAAGGUGGCCACACUCUUUAGCAGGAAGGACGCAUAAGGUGGCCACACUCUUUAGCAGUAAGGACGUAGCAGGAAGGACGCAUAAGGUGGCCACACUCUUUAGCAGUAAGGACGCAUAAGGUGGCCACACUAUUUAGCAGUAAGGACGCAUAAGGAGGCCACUCUCUACAGAACACAUUAGGAGGCCACUCUCUUUAGCAGGAAGGACCCACAUGGAGGCCAGACUCUUUAGCAAAAGGGGGCAUUAGGAAGCCACACUCUUUAGCAGGAAGGACACACAAGGUGACCAAAAGAGUUAGGUUACAUCUCACCCUGAUCAGGUGCCCAUUCAGGAGGGUAUUUCAAAUAUUUGUUUUUUGUGACAAACCUGGUUCAGUUAACUUACAGAGAGAGGCCACACACUAAAUAAAUGAGCUCUGUGGCUUUGUUUAGCUUGGGCUCUUUCAGGAUUUACCGCUUUAUUCUGAGUGAACUUCCCCUGGUGUGUAUGUCAUCAAACCCACUCCCCAAGUACACACACACAGGGAUGCCCAUGUAAGCAAUCUGUUGUUUACUGUUUAUGCAGUGUCUGAAAUGAUGCAUCGUGGAUGGUACAUGGUCACCACUAGUCUGUUUAUACGUCAAUGUCAAUGUUGCUUUACUUCACUCCAUCAACAUCUGAGUGAGCUGGCUACACUAUUGCGAACAAAUUAAAAUGCUCAAGUUAUAAAUUCCAAAGUUAUUUAGCAAAAGCAGAGCGUGAGUUUAGCGUGAGUUCAGUACGACAAUUGUACCAUUUAAAAGUAUAGACCCAUAUGUGUAGUAGUCCUACAGUAAAUUUGUAUGGAUAAAUCUGUCUACUAAAUAAAAUAAAUGUAAA